CAACAAAGCACACAGCAGUCACCGCUAGAACAUAUUCGCAAUCAUCAUCAACUUCAAUGGCAACUACUGUUAAUUCAUCUUCGCUAUAUAAUCUUCUUUCACUCCCUUGUUUCUCUUCUUCCCAAAAUGCCCCUGCCUUUUCGCUUAAUUUACACUCCAAGUCAUCAUUCACUUCGCUCUCCUCCAGUUCUUUUACGCACGCAAUUAAGUGCAGACCUUUGUGCCGAAACGUCGUCGUUUCGGCCUUGAGUAAGAUUGCUGAAUCGGAGUUGAUUAAUUUUCCGGCGGAAAGUGAUGGAAAAUUCGGCGUGGUUCCGGCGGAUGCCGGCGUUUAUGCGGUGUAUGAUGAGAAUAGUGAAGUUCAGUUCAUCGGAAUAUCGAGGAAUAUUGCGGCGAGUGUUAGUACUCACCGCAAAUCGGUGCCGGAGCUUUGUUCUUCAGUGAAGGUUGGGGUUGUAGAAGAGCCUGAUAGAACAGCUUUAACCCAAGCAUGGAAAUCAUGGAUGGAAGAACACAUAGCCGUCACAGGAAAAAUCCCACCAGGAAAUGAAACUGGGAAUACUACAUGGGUCCGGCAGGCACCCAAGAAGAAGCCUGAUCUGAAGUUAACACCUGGCCGCAAUGUUCAACUUACAGUCCCUUUGGAGCAACUCAUUGACCGGCUUGUUAAGGAAAACAAGGUAGUAGCAUUUAUCAAGGGAUCAAGAAGUGCCCCUCAAUGUGGAUUCUCUCAGAAGGUAGUGGGGAUUCUUGAAAGCGAAGGAGCAGAUUAUGAGAGUGUUGAUGUUCUCGAUGAAGAGUACAAUAGCGGAUUAAGAGAGACAUUAAAGAAGUAUAGCAACUGGCCUACAUUUCCUCAGGUUUUUGUGAAUGGUGAUUUGGUUGGAGGAUGCGAUAUAUUGUCCUCAAUGCAUGAGAAAGGAGAGCUUGCUGGUUUGUUGAAGUAGACUAAUAGAUGAUUGUUCUGUAAAAUGGUUUGUAAUUUUGUUUUAUAUCACUUCUGCUGCUCAUGUUUUAUCAAAAAUAGAUAGACAAUUGCCUUAAGUUACAAUGAAAUAAAGACAAAACUUUACGCA